UACAAGAAAAUAUGAGGAGCAAGAUAAUAUAUAAUGUCGUUUUACCACCGCUAAGUAAAAACAAUCACAUUGUAACUUUCAAGGUGAUGAAAAGAGCUCAAAAUUCACAAGCUAUAAUUAACGCUGGUUUUUGUUAUAAGCUAGAUAAUACGAACCGAGUAGUAUCAUCCCGAAUAAUAUACUCAGGAUUACGAACAGGAUACUCUAGAGCCUGUAAAACUGAAAUGUGUUUACAAGGCAAGAAUUUGUUCGACAAUAACACUUUACAAACGGCAAUACAGGUAUUAGUAAAAGAACUUAUCAUUGAAGAAAUGCCCUACAACUCGGUUGAAUACAGAAGGAGACUGGCCGUUGGACUUUUUUACAAGGGCUUAUUAUCUCUGUGUCCACCAAGUAUCCUGAACUCCAGAUAUAAAUCCGGUGCAGUAAAGCUACAUCAGUCGCGAGGAGUAUCGAGUGGAAAGCAAGUCUACACCACUGACAGUAGCGUAUGGCCAAUCAAUGAACCUAUUAACAAAGUGGAAGGAUUGAUUCAAUGCGCAGGAGAAGCUCCCUAUGCAGAGGACCUAAUUUCAUUGCCGAAUGAAGUUUAUGCAGCAUUUGUACUGAGUACUGUAGGCCGAGGACAAAUAGAUCAAAUAGAUGCAACUGAGGCUUUAAAUACCAAGGGUGUCAUCGCGUUUUAUACAGCCAAAGAUAUUCCUGGUGCAAAUUCCUUUACUAACGGUGUAACUGAAACAACCACAGAUGAAGUAUUACUAAGUGAUGGCGAAAUUAAUUUUUAUAACCAGCCUAUAGGAAUAAUUGUCGCAGAAAGUAAUGUAAUAGCUCAAAGAGCGGCAAAAUUGGUAAACGUUAAAUAUAGUUCCUCAAAAAUACCUAUUGUAGAUGUUAAAGUAGCGAAAACGUUAACAGAAAAUGUAAGUCUUGUGAAGACGAUAAAUGCAAGUAAGGAAGGUAAUGACAUUGUCACUGUUAUACGAGGCAAUAACACUAUUUAUGGACAGUAUCAUUUCUGUUAUGAAAACGUAGUUUGUGUAUCAUGGCUGACAGAAGAAGGAAUAUCGGUUCGUUCAUCUACUCAAUGCUCUGACUCAGAUCAAGCAGCAGCAGCGCGAUGCUUAAACAUUGAUCAGAAUAGGAUUGACGUCGACGUUCGCCGUUGUGGUGGAGCGUUUGGCCUUAAGAUCACUCGCGGCCUUCAAGUUUCAUCAGCAUGUACUCUAGUUACCUACAAGUUAAACCGCCCAUGUCGAUUUAUUUUACCAUUACAAACAACAAUGAGGAUCGUUGGGAAAAGGUUUCCAUCCUCUGUUGACUAUGAGGUUGGCCUAAACAGUGAAGGUGUUAUACAGUACAUGGACUAUACUAUUUAUGAGGAUAACGGUUACUUAGUAAAUGAAACAAUAGUAGCACUUACUUACGACGUCUAUUAUAAUUGUUACCAGCAAGAUAGAUUUAACUUUAAGGCUUGUAAUGUUGUAACCGAUACAGCUUCUAAUACUUAUUGCAGAUCUCCAGGUACACUUGAGGCAAUUACAGCAACUGAAACGAUUCUUGAAAGGAUUUCUUAUGAAUUAAAUAUUGACCCUGUAACUGUACGUUUGUCUAACUUAGACCCAAAAUUUAAAAACAUACUAUGUGAAAUGGUAGAUAAUCUCAAAAAAGAUGCAAGUUACAAUGAGAGAAAGAAGCAGGUUGAAGAUUACAAUAGCAAAAAUCGCUGGAAAAAACGUGGUUUGAGAUUUAUAUUUAUGAAAUGGAAAUCUACACCUUCAUAUUAUUCUGACGUAAAUGUUUCUGUUUUACGUGGUGAUGGAACUGUAAUAAUAACGCACGGCGGUGUUGAAAUAGGUCAAGGAAUAAAUACUAAGGCAAUUCAAGUAUGUGCAUAUUACUUUGGUAUUUCUGUAGACAAAAUAAAAGUGAAAACCAAUAACACCACAUUUAAUCCUAAUACGAUGGCUACAAUCGGAAGCACAACUUCGCAAGCAAUUUGUAUUGGAGUUCAAAGAGCCUGUGAAAAUCUUCUUGAAAAAUUGAAGCCCUUAAGAAUAGAACUUAACAAUCCAAAAUGGGAAUCUUUAAUACAAGAAGCAUUUAAAAGAGGCAUUGAUUUGCAAAGUCAUGGUUUCGUUACCACCAAAGAUCUUCGCUACUUUGACGUUUACGGUAUUACCUUGGCUGAAGUCGAAAUUGACGUCCUAACAGGAGAGUGGAGUAUACUUAGAGUAGACCUUUUAGAAGACGUUGGUAGAAGUGUCAAUCCACUUGUUGACAUUGGUCAAAUAGAAGGUGCUUUCGUUAUGGGUCUGGGAUAUUUUACCACGGAGGAGUUAAUUUAUGACAAGACAGGAGAACUCCUGACUGACCGAACCUGGUCUUACAAGAUUCCUCAAGCAUUAGACAUUCCUAUAGAUUUUCGUGUUUAUUUUAAGCCAAAACCUUACAAUGACGAUCUAGUACUCGGUGCUAAAGCUGUUGGUGAACCGGCAACUGUGAUGGCUUUAUCAGUACCAUUUGCGAUGCGAGAAGCUAUUGUAUCCGCUAGAAACGAAGCUGGCAUACCGUCUAAUGAAUGGUUUCAAAUAGAUGGUCCUUACACAACAGAAAAAAUAUGUGUAGCAGCAGCUACAGACAUCAAGGACUUCAAAUUCUAUUAAAAUGAAUUAAUAUUCAUAAAUUUAAUUAUUCGUUUUUAGUUCAGAAUUAUGCAAAAUAUAUUUUUAAAUAUCUAAGUGAUUUAUAACGAGUUUUAGGAGUGCAUGUAACUGAAUUACUGAUCUCGGCAAAUGGCACUAAAACGGCUCUAGUUGCGAUAGAGCCCUAAAACCCUAACUUUCCAAAUCUACAGGUACAGGUACAUACAAAUACCUAUAUGUACUGAGAAAUGUAUAAAUAUAGAGAUAACAACGGUGUCUACCAAGAAAAUAAACCAGUUAUAUUUUAAAAAUAUAUUUCU